GGAUUUCCAGCUCAGCCCCUGGGGCUUUGGGAGGAGAGGGCCCCGGGGGAGGGGCGUGGCGCGCGCAUCGGAGCCCCGCCGCGGGCCUCGGUUCUAACGACCUGGCGGGUCGGUGAGAGCGGAAGGGAGGGAGAGAAAGUAGGAGCCCGGCCUGGGUCACUGGCCUCCCUCCCAGCCCCACACCGUCCAGCCCCAUGGUCCCCGCCGCCGCCGGCGCGCUGCUCUGGGCCCUGCUGCUGAGCCUGGGGACCGGGGCGGGGGCGGGGGCCCAAGGCCUGACUUCAACUGGGAGGCAGCCGGCCAGGUUCCGCUCCAGGGGCGCGAUGACCCGCAACUACCGGUCCACCCCCCGGACCGGCGUUCCCCCGAAGAGAAGGGUAAUAAUGGAGGAUGAGGACGACGUCGCGGCCACUGCCGACCGCCUGGCAGGCCCCGCCGUUGACGAGCUCUUGGCUUCUACGGUGUCCACGGACAUGAACAGGUUGCGUUCCUGGGAGCAAGAUCAGGAUGGGUCUUUGGAGGAGGGGGUUGUGAUUAACGCCCAGAAGAAUAACAGUGAGGCAGGGAUUGACAGCAGGGCUUCCACUACAACGAGGAGGUACAGCUCCAGGUUUGCAGCGAAUAUCCAGGAGCCAGAAUACAGGCUGACCACAAGCCUGCCGCCCAGUACCUGGAGGUCCACUGAGCACCAGCCGCUGUACGACACCAGCCUGACCCGGUGGUCGACAGCAGGGUCCACCCCCAGGCGCUGGUCUCGCGUCUCACCCUCAUCCAUGCCACCUCCCGAGGACCUGCGGCUGGUGCUGAUGCCCUGGGGCCCGUGGCACUGCCACUGCCAGUCAGGCACCAUGAGCAGGACCCGGGCCGGGAGGCUGCAGGGCCUUUCUGGGCGCCUUCGAGUUGGGGCACUGAGCCAACUGCGUACAGAGCACCGGCCUUGCACCUACCAGCAAUGUCGCUGUGAUCGGCGUCUUGAGGAGUGCCCCCUGGACUCGGCCCUCUGGCCUGACACUCAGACCACCACCACCACCAGCACCACCACCUCCACCACCACUACCACCACCACCAGCCCCACGCCCACGCCCACGCCCACCCACAGCCCCAGAUUCAGCCUCAGCCCCAGCCCCAGCCCAGCGCUUAUGUUUUGGAGGCAGGUCAGGGCUGGGCUGGAGGAUAUUUGGAACAGCCUCUCUUCAGUGUUCACAAGGAUGCAACCAAUAGACAGAAACCGGAGGUAAUGGCCACUUGAUCUGCAAGAAGAGGUGUCAGCAUCUCAACCUCUCCUCCCCUUUCAAUCCCAGCACCCACUGGGUAUUUUUAGUACAGAAAAACAAAACUAGAAGAAAAAAAAACAUUGUUUGGUCUUGUGUCUUUUUACAGAGGUAUCUGAGGGAGGAGAGACCAAAAACUUUGUGAAGCUGAACUGGGUAGCUACCAGCAUCUGGC